AUGAAAAACCCAAGAACUGUUUAAGUAACUGCAUUUUACUAUAUUAAUAGAGUCCUUUUAAAACGGCAUAGUCUACUAUAAGAGAUAGUCCACAUACAUAAUUAGAGGAAUCAAAUAUUUCAAAUAAUCGAACUCUAUAAAAUAAAGAAUCAAUUAGAGCAAGAAUGAAAAUUAAUUAAUCUCAUAUUAAUAUUACAAAUUAGGGAUAAUAGAUUAGAAAACAAAUUGCUAAAGAAAGAAAUUCAGCAAAAGGAAAUAAUCCAAAUGAAUUCAAUCCCAAAAAGUUUGUAACCAAAGAUCUCAGGGUGUAUCAUAACUUUAUUAUUUUAUAGGAAACAGAUAUUAUUGAUAUAAAGUAAGUUUUUGAUUACUAUGAUUCAGAAUAAGCUGGAAUCUUAUCUCCAAAUGAUUUAGAAUAAUUAUUGAUUAGUUUUGGGUAUCAUCCAACUAAAGAAACAUUAUAUGGUACUGAAAUCAUAUUUUAAUACAGAAAUAUUUUCAGAAAUGGAUGAAGAUGAAUUAGGUGGUAUAACAUUUGAAUAUUUCUUGGCAAUUAUAAGAUAAGAUUAAUCAAAGUCAGAGAAAAAGGAUACAAUAAGAAGAAUUUAUAGAAAAUAUGAUAAAAGUAAUAAAGGAUACAUUACUUUACAAGAUUUAAGAUAAGUUGUCUAUAAAGAUCUAAAAGAAGAAAUAGAUGAAGAAGUAUUAGCUGAAGUAAUAGAAUAAAUCUUAAAUAAAGAUUUUUAGAAAGACUGACUCUAACUAAGAUGGAAAAAUGACAUUUGAAGAUUUUUAUAAUGUUAUGACCAAAAAGGUGUAUUAUUGAUAUUAUUUAUCAGAGCAUAUUUAAUUAUAAUGUCUUGCAUAAUAUAGUUAACCUAUAGAGCUAAACAAUCUUUAUCAUUAAGUAUUUUUAUAUUUAACAAGAUCCAACAAGAUAAAAGCCUUGUAAAGUUGUAUUGCCUAAAUUAUUUGCAGAAAGAUAAAGAGCAAAUUCUUUUGAUUAAUCCAUCUAACAUUAAAAAGCUGUUAGGAUUUCACCUAAGCUUUCUACAUAAUCUCCUAAAAUAAUGGCUAAAGCAGUCAAAACAGAUUUCAAUCAUUUGCAAUUGUCAAUAUGUUCCAAAUAAACUAAUUUUUUAAAAAGACAACAGAAUUAAAGUACAACAUAAAGAAAACUCAAAUAAAUACCAAUAAAUUAGAAUGAUGUUUGCUUUACUGGAUUUGAAAUAGCUGAUAUUGAAUAUGAAGAUUUUACUUUAGAAGCCUAUCUUAAAAGAUAAUGA